AAAGCGCUUGUGACAAUGUCUGGAAGAGGAAAGGGCGGUGGGAAAGGUCGUGCCAAGGCGAAGUCUCGAUCGUCCCGGGCUGGCCUGCAAUUCCCGGUGGGCCGUGUUCACAGGCUCCUGAGAAAGGGUAACUAUGCUGAGCGUGUGGGUGCCGGAGCGCCGGUCUAUCUGGCUGCGGUGCUGGAGUAUCUGACGGCUGAAAUCCUGGAGCUGGCCGGCAACGCGGCCCGGGACAACAAGAAGACCCGCAUCAUCCCCAGGCACCUGCAGCUGGCCGUGCGCAACGACGAGGAGCUCAACAAGCUGCUGGGAGGGGUGACCAUCGCUCAGGGCGGGGUGCUGCCUAAUAUCCAGGCCGUGCUGCUGCCCAAGAAAACCUCCGCUGCGGGAUCUGCUAAAAAGUGAAGAGACUAUUCUUGAAUCUGACAACCCAAAGGCUCUUUUAAGAGCCACUCACAGCAUCUGUGAAAGGAGCUGAAAUCUUUGUCGGGUUGAAUUACUUUCCUUUUAAUUUGUAGAGCUCUGGCCGUUGUACCUGACAUCGCUAAAUUUCUAUUUCCUUUUUAUUAGAUACUGUUACUGUCUGUGGGAGUAGAGGAAGAUUAUAUCAUACAAUACGAUUGGAAGGGUGUCUGGAACUACAUUAUUUCUCAUUGCACGGUCACUGCCUCAAUGAUCUUUGUUUGAUCAAUGUUCUGUGUGUUUAGAAUAGUGUCACGGAUGUUCGCGAUCGGGUUUGGCUUAACAUUUCCUUUAACUGCAUCAAUGAACUGAAUUCUCCCACUGUCUCUGCAGCAUUCACCUCUGCAAUUUAUUCUCUGCUCGAUUCAUCCCCACUCUUAU